GAGAGCCCUUGUGGUCUGAGGAGAUGCCACUGGUUGGAGACUGUGGUCUUAACCUCCAGCCUGGCACUGAGCCACCUGCAACCUAAUAGGAGGUGACCUUGGGUCCCAGCCUGACUCAUCUGAGCCUGGAUCCUACCUAUAGGCAAGAGAUGACCCCUACACUAGUGCCUACACACCAGAUGGAGGUGAUCCUGAAUACCAGCCCAACUGAGCUGACUCUGGAUCCAGCAUGCCAGCCAGAGUUGACCCUGAGAUCCAGCCUAAACAAGCUAACCCUGGAUCCAGCACACCACUCAGAGCUGACCCUGAGCACCCAGCUAGCUGAGCUGACACUGGAUUCCACAAGCCAAACAAAGAUGACCCUCCGUCCUGGCCUAGCUGAACUUAACCUUGAGGAGACCCCAAUCCCCAACCUGGCUGAGUUGAUCCUGGAGCCUGUGCACUGCCGACCAGAGCUCUUGGACGCUUGUGCUGACCUCAUCAAUGAGCAGUGGCCCCGCAGCCGUGCCUCCCGCCUGCACUCCCUGGGCCAGUCUUCAGAAGCCUUCCCCCUCUGCCUGAUGCUGCUAAGCCCUCGCCCCACACCUGAAGCAGCACCCAUUGUGGUAGGCCAUGCCCGGCUGUCACGGGUGCUAGGAAGGCCCCAGAGCCUUUUAGUGGAGACAGUGGUGGUGGCUCGGGCCCUGAGGGGCCGUGGCUUUGGCCACCGCCUCAUGGAGGGCCUAGAGGUCUUUGCUCAGGCCCGGGGCUUCCAUAAGCUACACCUCACCACUCAUGACCAGAUGCAUUUCUAUGCCCACCUGGGCUACCAGCUGGGUGAGCCUGUGCAGGGCCUGGUCUUCACUAGUCGACAGCUGCCCACCACCCUGCUCAGUGCCUUCCCCAGGGCUCCCUCUACCUGGACACCCUGCAAGGCCCCAAACUUGACUGCCCAAGUUGUCCCAGUGGACCCCAAGGGGCCUCCAUUACCACCACCCCCUCCCCUGCCUGAGCCCCUGACCACCUCACUCCCAGCUCCGUCAGGCAACCCUCCAAAAAUCCUGCUGGUGACAAAAUACCAAAACCAGAAGGGAUGCCCCAUCUUCUGGAUGGAGAAAGACAUCUGAGGGCCACCCAGGGCAAGGGACUGCUGUUCUGUGUCAAUGGACUGUG